AUGCCCAGCUUGGCUCAGCUCGAGACUCAGACCAGGGAGCUUUUAGCUGCCAUCAAGGUGCUCGCAUCGCACUGCCAGACGGCGGAAGGUUCAAUAGAAGCCACGGCUCAUGGGGUAUCACCAUUCACUGCAUUAGGAGGAAUGGGUGACACAAAGCGGGCACGAGAGUCGGUGCUGGAAAGUCUUACGAAGCUCCAAGUCAUGGUGGCUGGGCCCACGGAUGUCCUCCAGCACAUGGCAUGCCAGGCCCAACUGCUUGCGUGCUUACGAUGGCUAGCAGAGUUCCAAGUCCCGGCCUGCAUUCCGCUGGAUGGCAGCGCCUCCAUUAAAGAUAUCGCGGAGCUCGUCGGCGUGCCGGAGACGCACAUCUGUCGUAUCGUCCGCAUGUCGAUGACGGCGGGGUUCUUGCGGGAGCCUCAACCAGGCUACAUGGCCCACAGUGCUUUGUCGGCCGCCUUUGUGACGAAUCCCUCCUAUUUCGAUGCCAUGAUGUUCCUGGCAAGAAUCGCCACUCCAGCUGCCCUGAACAUGCCUCUCGUCACCCGGCAGCGUUCUGCGGACCUAGGCGAAAGGACUGCCCAGAACGAACUGGGGAAUACCCCAGCCAGUCUCGCUCACUUAUUGGAUCCAAGCGAGACGGUCCCCCCCCGGCUGGAGCGUCAGUGGCAUGCUUAUUUGCGAUUCGGGACAGGCAAUGUCUCCGAUACUGCCACGGAUAUUCUCUCCUGCCUGGAGCCGCUCCAAGCAGCCAAUGCGUCGGUUGUUGAGGUCGGAGCGCGCUCAACGGACCGAGCGGUCGCGCUCGCAAAUCAAUAUCCCACCCUUCGUUUCACCGUCCAAAUUCACUUUCCAAGUGCAGCAUCAGGCGGCAAGAGCAGGGCCAAGUACGACAAAACACGGUCCAGAAGCUCAAACCCGCAUAUCACGGUGCAGUACCGCAAUCCCGGCACUCCGCAGCAUAUCCAAGACGCGGCGAUCUAUAUCAUCAACUUCCCCUUGCCGAUCCCGGGGGUGUUGUCGUCCUCCAUUACCGCGCGCAUUGAGACAGAGCUCCGGGCGCAUUUGCAUGCCCUUCGCAUGAGCCAGUCGGCCACGCUGGUGCUCACGGCCCCAGCAUUACCGGAACAGGGGACCAUGAGCACCGAAGUCGCGGUGCUCACACGCAUCCGGGACCUAUCAUUCCUGCAGUUGGCGGAUGAGCGGGAGCCGGAGAUCUCGGAACUCAUCAAUCUUGUAAAUGGUGUGGGUGAUAGCGAGGGGAAGUUUGUUGUUGUGAAUAAGGUGAAAUCCGUGGCGAGCAAUGGCGCGAUUGCCUUGGAAGUCAAGUAUCAGGCUUAUGCGGACCGGUAG